CCGGGGAUUGUAGUUUAGUGACUGAGAUCCCGCGAAUCCUGCGGCCGUGUCCUGAAGGCCAAGGCGGAAGCCGGACUGCCUGAACUCGCGAAUCCCGGGGGCCGGGCUCGGAGGAGGGAUUCCGAGCUCAGGAACGCGGCGAGCUCAGAGACACAGCUUCAGGGAAGAGGCAGGGCAAGGCCAAGGAUCAGGGGCUGGUAGAACGGGCUUCUACCCGGGAAGAUGCACAAGAGGAAUGGACCCCCGGCACCCCCGGGCCGAGGCGCUGUCACCGCCCGCCAGCUCGGCCUGCUGGUUGAUUUUUCCCCAGACGGCCUGAUGAUCCCUGAGGAUGGGGUAAAUGAUGAGGAACUGGAGGCUGAGUUCUUGGCUUUGGUGGGGGACCAGCCCCAGGCCCUGGAGAAACUCAGAGGCAAAGGUCCCUUGCCAAUGGAGGCUAUUGAGAAGAUGGCCCGGCUCUGCAUGAGAGACCUGGAUGAGGAUGAAGAGGGUACUGAUGAGGAUGAUGUGGAGGCUGAUGAGGACCUGCUGGCAGAGCUAAACGAGGUCCUUGGGGAGGAACAGAAGGCUGUGGAGCCCCUGAAGUCUGUGGCCCAGCCAAAGCCUUCAGGUUCCAACCCAGGAGUAGAGGCCAUGUUGCAGGAGAGGCUAGCCCUCUACCAGUCUGCAGUGGAGAGUGCCAGGCAAGCUGGGGACAGUGCCAAGAUGCGACGCUAUGACCGGGGGCUCAAGACACUGGAAAACCUGCUGGCCUCUUCCAGGAAGGGCAACAUCAUCAAUGAAGCAGACAUCCCACCACUUGUCACACUGGGGAAGGGACCAGCAGCCGGGCACAGCCACACCCAUGCUACUCCCCACCUGGCUCCUGUGAACCUGCCAGCCGCAGAGUCCAGCGUCACCUUGGAGACCACAUCUACCACCACACAAACCCCUGCCAACCCUCCCGGUCCCUGCAGCCCCCUCGCCCAGUUGCAGAGCCUCCAGCAUGAGUACAAACUGGCUGCCCUCCAUGCCAAGCAUCAGGGCGACACUGCUGCGGCCACCAGACACUUGAGGGUAGCCAAGAGUUUCGACCCUGUCCUGGAGGCUCUAAGCCGUGGGGAACUGGUGGACCUUUCCCGCCUGCCCCCUCCACCUGAUCUCCAAGCAAGCCUCUCAAUGGGCUGGGCCUCUCUGUCUCCAGACCAGCUGUCUCCAGAGCCCCCUUUGCCAGCAGCACAACCUUUGACCCCUGCCUCAGCACCCAUCAGACCAGAGGUUCCCCAACCUCCCAGGAGCCUCCUGGAGGCGCUGGAGCAGCGAAUGGAGCGGUACCAUGUGGCUGCAGCCCAGGCCAAGGCCAAGGGUGAUCAGCGGAAGGCACGCAUGCACGAACGCAUUGUCAAGCAAUACCAAGAUGCCAUUCGAGCCCACAAGGCAGGCCGAGCUGUGGAUGUGACCGAGCUGCCAGUACCCCCAGGCUUCCCCCCAAUUCAGGGCUUGGAGAAUGCAGAGCCCACCCAGCAGAGCCUGGCAGGGGUUCUGGAAACUGCCAUGAAGCUUGCUAACCAUGAUGAAGGCUCAGAGGAGGAAGAGGAUGAGGCUCCUAAAAAGCAAAAUACCCCUGCUGCCCCCACAACCCAGCUGAAGUCCUCACCCUCCAAAGCGCCCGCAUCAGGACCAGCAACAACAGGCAAAGCAGUUCCCAAGGGUACAUCCACCAGGGCCCAGCAGCAACUGGCCUUCCUGGAAGGUCGUAAGAAGCAGCUCCUGCAGGCUGCACUGCGUGCCAAGCAAAAGAAUGACGUAGAGGGCGCCAAGAUGCAUCUGCGCCAGGCCAAAGGGCUAGAGCCCAUGCUAGAGGCCUCUCGCAGCGGGCUGCCUGUGGACAUUGCCAAGGUGCCACCCGCUCCUGUCAACAAGGACGACUUUGUGCUGGUGCAGCGGCCUGGCCCAGGCCUGUCUCAGGAGGCUGUGCGGCGCUAUGGGGAGCUUACCAAACUCCUGAGACAGCAACAUGAAAUGUGUCUGAACCACGCCACACAGUUCACCCAUCUGGGUAACAUUGCUGAAACUAUCAAGUUCGAGAAGCUGGCAGAAGACUGUAAGCGGAGCAUGGAUACCCUAAAGCAAGCCUUUGCCCGCAGUCUGCCCACACCUGCUGCCCGCUUUGAGCAGAGGACCUUCAGUGUUAUCAAGAUCUUUCCGGACCUGAGCAACAAUGACAUGCUUCUAUUUAUUGUGAAGGGCAUCAACUUGCCCACACCCACAGGACUGUCCCCUAGUGACCUGGAUGCCUUUGUCCGGUUUGACUUCCCUUAUCCCAAUGUGGAAGAAGCUCAAAAAGACAAGACCAGUGUGAUCAAAAAUACAGACUCCCCUGAAUUUAAAGAACAGUUCAAACUCUGCAUCAACCGUGGCCACCGUGGCUUCCGAAGGGCCAUCCAAACCAAGGGCAUCAAGUUCGAAGUGGUCCACAAGGGGGGGCUGUUCAAGACUGACAGGGUGCUGGGCACAGCCCAGCUAAAACUGGAUAUGCUGGAGACAGCGUGUGAAGUCCAUGAGAUCCUGGAGGUUUUGGAUGGACGCCGGCCCACUGGGGGGCGGCUUGAAGUGAUGGUCCGGAUCCGGGAGCCACUGACAGCCCAGCAGUUGGAGACUACAACGGAGAGGUGGCUGGUCAUUGACCACCUCCCAGCAGCUGUGCCCACGGUCACUGGUCCCAAAGCAAAGGUGCCUCCCAUCGCUACCUCUUGGAGGGACUCAGGGAACAGGUCAGCACGUCCCCUACACAGCCUGAGUGUGCUGGCCUUUGACCAAGAGCGGCUAGAAAGGAAGAUCCUAGCCUUGAGGCAGGCACGCCGGCCGGUGCCUCCAGAAGUGGCCCAGCAGUACCAGGACGUGGUGCAGCGCAGCCAGUGGCAGAGGGCACAGCUGGAGCAGGGGGGUGCUGCCAUCCGCAAGGAGUAUGCAACCCAUCUGGAGCGCCAGCUGCACUUCUAUACAGAGGCCGCCCGGCGCUUGGGCUAUGACGGAAGCAGGGAGGCUGCGAAGGAGGCAUUGUACCGGCGGAAUCUGGUGGAGAGCGAGCUGCAGCGACUCCGCAGGUGAGGCUCAUCUCUGGACUACGGGCCCCAAAGUCCAGUGCCAGGCAGAGCUCCAGGGCCACCGAGCAGACAAUCAGCGGACAGUUGGUUCUGGACUCACCCUGUCCAGGCCGGCCCCAGGGACAUCGCGACAGCACCCUCAUCCCGUGUGGCUGGGCAGGCCUUGGAGAAUCCUGUUUGCACAUCCAGGAGCAUCUGGAGCAGAGGGUGGCUGGGACACAAGCCCAGAGGGCCCUGCAAGCACUUUACUUCCUGCCCCUCCCCAGUCUGAACCCCACAGCCCUCUCCAAAGAUGCCACUGUGGCUGUCAAACUCAGCUGACUCUCCAGGGGCUGUGCUGACCCAGUUGGGAUCCCCCCCAGGGCCAACACAGAAUAAACAGCCAAGGCCAU